AUGUCGUCAUCUCGUCAGUUCUCUCACUCUCCCAGAAAAUCCAAGGCUAACUCCAAAAAGAAAAUGAUGACGUUCAUGGCAAAUCAGAUUGCCAGAAUCGUGCCAAAGAUAGUAUCUGAGAUUCAAGCCUCCGGCACUCCAAAUCAUUCUGGUGAUUCUCACGUAGUAAAGCCUAAACCAGUCUCGUUCAACUACAAACACUUCACUGCCUGUAACCCCAAAACUUUCACUGGGAAGGAUGGUGUGACUGCCAUGUUGGAAUGGUUUGACAGCAUGGAAGUCACAUUCAUAAAUAGUGAAUGCCCAGAGGAGCUCAAGGUUCAAAGUGCCACUUGUGUUUUCCAAGCCAGGGCACUAGACUGGUGGACUAACGAGAGAAAUAUUCGAUCCAAUGAGCUAGCUUACGCGUUGUCUUGGGAAGAACUCAGACAGCUUAUGAUGGAGGAAUUCUGCCCUCCUCAUGAGCAGCAGAAGUUGGAAGAAGAGUUCUGGACCCUCAAACAGGUUGGAGAUGAAAACCUUGCAUACACUACUCGGUUCAAGCAGCUAUGUUUUAUCGUGCCUCAUUUGGUGUUAACCACAGAACGCACCAUUCGGAAAUAUAUUAAUGGGUUGCCUCCUACGAUGCGUGAUACCAUCGAGGCGGCCAGGUUGGAUAAUAUUGAGGAUGUGUAUCGCCUCGCGGCAAGUUUGAAUAAUAAUCGAGUUCGUGAUAAACAAGUCGCAGCAGCAUCUAAACCUACAUCCUCCUCAAAGAAGCGUGCUCACCAAUCCUCAGUUUGCAACGCUGUUACACCAGUUGAAAAUCCAAACCCAGCAAACCCAGAAAAGAAGCAAUACACAGGAACAAACCCUAAGUGCACCACUUGCCACUUCCAUCACCCAACUACGACCCCAUGUAGACACUAUAAAUGUUUUGUAUCUGUAGAAUUUGAACCAUUGUUAAAAUGCACACGCUCAAAACUACCCAAGUCAUUCCCAGUCGAAGUUGCCAAUGGCAAGUCUAUUCGUGUCGAUUCUGUUCUUCGUAAUUGUACUCUCACUUUGAAUGAUCAUGCCUUCUCAAUUGACCUCAUACCUAUGGAGUUGGGUAGUUUCGAUAUCAUAGUGGGUAUGGAUUGGCUUCGAAAGAACCAUGCUGAAAUUGCCUGUUUCGAAAAAUACGUUCGUUUGCCUCUUCCAUCAGGCGAUACCCUACAUGUUUAUGGGGAUCGACCUUCCAAAGGUCUAAAGCUAAUGUCGUGCACACAAGCGAAUAGAUACUUACGUAAAAAGUACUUUGCCUUUUUAGCCCACGUAGUGGAAGAAAAGGCAAGGGAAAAUGCGUAA